AUGCAGAUAAUGCGCCACUCCACCCCGCUAUCAGCGGACCUCCCGCCGCUGAUCAUGGGCACGGCGACCUUCAACUCGCAAUACAAUGCAGACCCAUACACUCUACCAACAACAGAGCUAGUCCAGCGGGCACUCACGCGCGGCAUCCGCGCCUUUGACACAUCGCCCUACUACGGGCCUGCAGAGGAACUACUGGGGCGGGCGCUGGCCACCGAGUUUGUACAGACGCACUACCCACGACCGACAUACCGGCUGCUCACCAAGGUCGGGCGCAUCGGGUCCGGGUCCUUCGACUACUCACCGGCAUGGAUCCGGCAAAGCGUGGGGCGCAGCCUGCGCCGACUGCACACAGACUACGUGGACGUGGUAUACUGCCACGACGUGGAAUUUGUCACAGCGGACGAGGUGGUGGCGGCAGUACGUGAGCUGAGACGAAUGCGCGACGAGGAGGGCCUGCUUCGCUACGUCGGUAUCUCGGGAUACCCCGUCGAAACACUAAGCGAGCUAGCAGAGACGGUACUUCGCGAGACGGGCGAGCCGCUGGACGCCGUGAUGUCGUACGCCAACUUCACGCUGCAGAACACCCUGCUACGGUCGCGCGGCCUGCCGCGUCUGCUAGCCGCAGGCGUCGACGUCGUUCCCAACGCCUCGCCGCUGGGCAUGGGUCUGCUGCGGCGCGACGGCGUGCCUAUCGGCGCAAUGGGCGACUUCCAUCCGGCGCCCGACUCGCUGCGCGCUGCCAUCCACCGCGCAGCAGAGUGCGCCGCCCGCCACGACGAGAAGCUCGAGGUCGUCGCGAUCCGCUUCGCGCUGGAGUCGUGGCUGCGUGCUGGCUCACGAGUCGGCGCCCUCGGCCCGCCGCUUGCGCGUGCCGCCGAUGCCGACCCGGGCUUCCUUUCCGUCGCUAAUAUCGGCACCGGGCGCCGGCUGGGUGUUAGUGUUAUGGGCGUGAGCAAUGUCGCCGAGCUGGACGAGACCCUGCGCGUGUGGCACAGUAUCGUCGACGGGCUGGAGAACUGCUCUGAAGAAGACGACGGCUCGGACUCCGAGCUCUCUCUCCUCCAAUCCCCCGCCUCUGCUACGUCCACCCCGAGCCGCGAUGCGGCGUCCGGCCCGGUGCCGUCGUCUGCAUCCCACGCUGCGAAUAUCUUGACUCCCUCAGAGGGCCUGGUCACCGACCGCGCCUGGUCCCGAACGCGCCGCGCACACAUCCUGCAGUUGGCGCGGGAGAUUCGUGAUGUUCUGGGUGUUGAGUGGAUUGACUAUGCCUGGGCGAGUCCGCCGGCGGACUUUGUGAAUUCCUUGCCUGAGGAGCAUGUUGCUGCCAUGCAGAGAAUGGAGGUUGAAAACGGCCGCGGGGAGACGGAGGCGUGGUCUGAUGCUGCCGCUGGACGAGAGCCAAUGCUCACGCCUCCAUUGGAUGCGGAAAAGCAAAUCGAAUAG